AGCUGAUCCGUGCUGCUCUGCAUCUGGUGAUAAGGCACAGGCGGUCUGCCAAGUCGCGAGGUCUGGAGACGGCGGCAGCGAAUACAACCAGCCGCGUCUGCAUCUACAGGUUCUCAGGAGCGCCGGCAACGCAGGCAGUACAUCAUGACCAUUUCUGUCGAACUGGAGAUGAAGCCGCCUCCUGAACAUGCAGCUGAAGGAAGCCGAAGAGCCAGCAGACUGAAGCAGCACCUGGCCGCCAUUGCUAUGAGCAUCGGGGCGCUGGGCACGGGCACGACACUGGGCUGGACCAGCGUGGCCAUCCCGGAGCUGCAGUGCGGCUACGUGUCUGCGGCCGGAGCGCAGUGCUACCAGUCAUGGCAGCUGGCCUGGGUCUCGGGCUGCAUGUCGCUCGGGGCGCUGGCGUUCUCGCUGCCUGUGGGGCGGCUGGCCGACGUGCUGGGCCGCAAGCGGGCCGGGCUCUGCCUGGGCCCCCUCUUCCUGGCUGGCUGGGCCUUCCUCAUCUGGGGAGACUCGCUGGCGUUGCUGUGCGUGGGCCGCCUGCUGACCGGAGCUGCGGGCGGAGCCUUCAACGUGCUGGCGCCGGUGUACAUCGCCGAGGUGGCCCAGAAGGAAGUCCGGGGAGCACUGUGCGGCUACUUCCAGCUGCUGCUCACCGUCGGCACCCUCUACGUCUACGUGCUGGGUGCGGUGACCGGCCUGUUCUGGACCUCCGUGGGCUGCGCCGUGGUGCCCGCGGUCUUCCUGGUGGCACUCUCGCUGGUGCCCGAGACUCCCCCCUACCUGCUGCAGGGUGGCCGGGAGGACGAGGCCCGGGCGGCCCUCCGCUGGCUGAGGGGACCGCGCUGGGACAUGGAGGCGGAGCUGGCCGAGGCGAGGGCGGCUCUGGAAGAGGACUCCGGGAACGGGAGGUCCGGGUCCCUCCGGGAGGGGCUGAGCACCCCUGCUGCCGGUCGGGGAAUCGUCGCGGGGCUGGGGCUCGUCACGUGCUUCCAGCUCUGUGGCAUCAAUGCUGUGCUUUUCUACGCGUCCGAUAUCUUCCUGAGAGCGUCGGGCGGAGCCCUGGAGGCGGAUACGUCUGCCGUGGUGGUGGGCGCCAUGCAGGUGGUGGCGACGCUGGUGGCGUCACUGGUGGUGGACCGCGCGGGCCGCAGGCCGCUGCUCGUGGCGUCCGCCGCAGUGGUGGGGCUGUGCGCUCUGCUCCUGGGAGCCUACUUCCAGCUGGACUCCAGUGGUGAGGCCGAGGGCCUGGACUGGCUGCCCCUCGCCAGCCUCUGCCUGUUCGUGGUGGCCUUCUCGCUGGGGCUCGGGCCCGUCACCUGGGUGCUGCUCGGAGAGCUGUAUGCCCCCGAGGUGCGCGCCUUUGCGGGCUCCCUCUGCUGCCUCGUCAGCUGGACCUUCUCCUUCCUGGUCACCACCUUCUUCAGCGAGCUCAGCUCCGCCGUCGGCGUCCAGGGAACCUUCUGGAUCUUCGGCUCCGUGGCAGUCGCCGGCGCCCUGUUCGUGUUCUUCGUGGUUCCCGAGACGAAGGACCGGUCGCUGGAGGAGGUGCAGAGGCAGCUGUCUGGCGGGGCCCGAGUGUGGAUUUCGUUUUUGCAGUGCCAGCCAGCCAGCAGCAGCAGCAGCAGCAGCAGCAGCAGUUCCCGGUCCCGGCCUGCAGCAGUGGUUCCGCAGCCAGCCAGCCAGCCAGCCAGCCAGCCAGCCCUCCGGUGGCAGCAGCCGUCCAGCCAGCAGCAGUCCAGCCAGCAGCAGCAGCAGCAGCAGCAGCUGCCGCCGCCCCGUCCGCGGCAGCAGCGGGUGGAGAAGGCAAGAUGGCGGAGAACCCACACCUGGCCGGCUGCACCUAGUCUAGAGGAGCGGCGCGAGAGGGCAGCAGCUGCCGGCGGCAGCACAAACUGCCGCUGCCUGUGA